AUGGCAAGACACCGCCAGAAAGACGAAGAAGCUGGUGCCGACGGUCAGGGUGUACUAAACACACGUAAGCGUAUGUGGAAGGAUGCCGAGGGGAAUAUUGUGACGAAAAGGCCUGCAUUGGAUUCUUCAGUCGAAGAGCAUUCCGACUCUGCACCUCAACAACCACAGCAUCACGAGGAUUCACUUCAGUCACUAUCCGACCUCACCCAGUUCCAGUCUCACGAACACGGCGCGCCGAUAUCUCCACUUUCAAGUGAUCCUUCACUCUGCCGCUCCACAUUCGAUGAUCACGACUCUGGCAUCUCAAGCGGCUACCAUCCUUCCAACCUUGACGUUACCGCACUGUCGGGAACGGAAUCCCUCUCCCCCAUCGACCGACAGUUUUGGUCAACCAACCUUCUUCAACCUCAGCCUGAGCCCCUUGCGCCCCUCGCGUUCAACGAUGCUCCUUUUGACGACAUCUUUAACCCGGAUACGGCAAGCUCAUUCAACAACCCAUUCACUACAAUGAACAAUUAUACCUGGCUUUUCGAUCUAAAAUUUCCUGCAGAGGCAAGUCCCCAUGUCUUCCAUGAUUUCGACCUGCAACUCGACCAUCUAGUGGUGCACAAACCCAUGUCGACUGCGGCACAGUAUGGGUCCGGUCCUUCGCUGAGAACAGACUCUCCACAACAGAUGUCGCCUCCGGCUGCACUGAUAACCCCACCGCUGACCGAGGAUGCACGAACAAGCCACAAGACUUCUGAGCAAGGAGAGACCACGGGGAGCCACAAUAUGAAUCCCCUUUCAACGGUCUUCUCACACCAGCCAGAUACCCCUCAGAACCCCCUGAAUCUCGAGCGACCGAUGUCGCUGCUGCAGCCUUCAAGAUGCUUACCUAUUAUCGACGAGCUUGCACGCGCUCAAGUACUGGAUCUUAUCGACAUCGCACAGCCCACGGCCCCGGAUGGCAGUCUAGUCAUGCGCGACAACCCGCUCCUAUCACUUUCGUGCUUGCAGACUUACUGCGAUCUCUUCUUCACCCGAUUCAACACAACUUAUCCUUUGAUUCACAUGUCCACGUUUGAUCCAUCUAACGUUGAUACCUUACUGCUCGCGUCGGUAUUGCUGCUUGGAGCCACAUACGGCGAGAAAGAUGCCCACCAACUUGCUGUGUGUAUCCACGAUGUCCUACGACCGCAAAUCUUCGCAAACGCAGGCUUCUCUGCGAAGCCGGAUCUCUGGGUCCUGCAAACCAUCUUGCUAGUCGAAUGCUUCGGCAAAAGCAGAGCCGGUCAGAAACAGCACGACAUGAGCCACUUGUUCCAUGGAUUGCUUAUCAACCUCAUCCGACGCAGUGACUGCCAGUCAAUCCGGCCUCCGACGCUCGAAGACGCGACCGACGAUCUCGAGGAUGACUGGCGGACGUGGGUGGAUGCCGAGCAGAAGAAGAGACUGGCUUUCCUUUGCUUCAUGUGGGACACACAGCACGCCGUUCUUUUCUGCCAGUCUCUUUGUAUGUCGGCAUUCGAACUCCGGUCUAAUCUGCCAUGUGACCAAUCUCUCUGGGAAGCGGACUCGGCGGAGAGCUGGCACCAGCUUCGUCAGAAGCAACCCGCAAGCCCUCUAUUCCUAUCUUGCGUGAAGAUGUACCUCAAUCCUUCCGCUUCAAAUUCGGUCCCCAAGAACCUCAAUGCACUAUCGCGAGCUUUACUGCUUCAUGGUCUCAUGUCCAUUGCCUGGGAUAUGCAGAGGCGAGACCAAACGUCCCUCGGUGUCGUCGACACCAAUCCGCUUGGCAACUGGCAAACCCGCCUUGCAGCGUCAUAUAAGGCUUGGAACCAUGACUUCGAAGCCUUCUGCUCAUCUUAUCAAUCACGCCUACCCUCACCAUCCCACAACCUCGCCAAAGAAUUUCAGGCCUUCCAAACAGCCGUCUCCUCCCUCUACCACUCCGCACACAUCCUACUCCAUACCCCAUUUCUCGACCUCCAGAUCUACGCUGGCGCAAGACACAUUCUAGGGCGCCCCGUGGCACGGUUAGAUUACGCCCGCAGCCAGAAGGUCGUCAAGAAAUGGGUUGCCGAUAACCUCAAAGAAGCGGGCAGAGCUGUAUGGCACGCCGCAGCUCUCGUGGAGCAAGGCGCCUCCAUCCUCGACACUGAGUCAUCUUCCAGCGACCUUGGCGGGAGCCGCCUCUGGCACCUCCCAUGGGCUGUGUACUUGGGUACGCUGACUAUUUGGGGCGUGUGGUAUGCGCGACCUGUGCUGCCGCGUUCGUCUGGUCUUCACGAUGACGACGAGGAUGAGAUCAUUUGGGAUCCGCAGGCGGAAAUGGAUAGCUUGCUAGAGACUGUGUUGAAAAGCGAUGCGGACCGGUUGCUGGAAAUUGGGUAUGAGAAGGGGAUUGCGGGUGGCUUGGGCAAGAGGGGGACAAACGGGUUGGCUGCUGUGGUGAGCCGGUGUUUGGGGAAGGUGAGGUGGGCGGUUGUACACGACGGGAUGAUGGUGCUUAGAGGGCUGGUUCAGUGGAGAUUGGUGGGCGGUGGAGGAAUGUCGUGA